AUGAGCGACGAACAGGAUCGAAACAGAAAUGAAUGGGCCCAAUUCAUACACGGCGACGACUUUCAACCACCCCAACAACAAGUGUAUGUUCCCCAAGGUUAUGCCGCAGUCCAAGGGUAUACUCCUGGACGUCAUGCUCUAGUCCAAGGCUAUGCUCCAGCAGAGACCCAAGACUGGUAUUCGGACUACCAAGACUCGACUGCAAGCCCUUAUAGUACUCCGCAGACUCAAGAAACGAAGGCCAACGCGGUCGAUGAUGAUGACACACCGGAAGAAGAAGUUCGCGACUUUGUGUCGUCACGGCGGCGAAAGAGCAAGUCUAAGAGUCAGGCAAAGCCCAAGGAAGAGCAGCCCAAAUCAAAGCGGGCCGAACGUCGAGAGAAAAUUGCGAUUGAGCACAAGGGUGAGAUAUCCUCAACAGAUCGCCCAAAGGGUCGGGUAAGAUGGCGCGAGGGUGUCUUCCAGUGGUGGGAUUCUGAAGACAAGAGUUGGCGAAAAGCCGCCUAUCACGACCAAUACCGCGACGAAUUCAUCAGACAAGAUAGCGCUGAAGGAACCUAUAUUGUCGCCCCAGAUCGCGGCAGAGGUGCAAACGAUAUCACCAGUGCCUGCUCGGCAUACAAUCAACUAGAAUGGCGGCUCGCAGAUCGAAGCAGCUGGGACAAUAUCGUGGAUGCUGAUGGCAACAAAGUUCUUUAUUUGCUUGACAGACCUGUCAACCAGACCAAGUAUGAGCCUGAAAUGUGGAUUCACGACGGCCAUAUACUGCUCGAUGGAGACAAUAACCCUGUACGAGCGUGGGCUGGAAUACCUAGGUGCUUUUCAUCUCAAAUAGAAGGGGGAAGAAUGGAGGCGUUGCGACGCAUACUGCCCAUGACCAUUCAGGACUUCAGAGCCCGAUGUCUUCGUGCGGUACCGACAGCGGCGACCGGAGCUAAUACGAAACCACUAUCAUUUCCGAGCACUUUCGGUCACCGUUCCAGUCGAUUCAGAGCCCAAUACCAAACGCCAGCCUGGCUUUCAAGGGCAGCUAGUGCUGUCCUGAAGAAACAGGUCAUUGAUCAACUCCCGGAGGCUGAGGAGGCGGCGACAUCGACAGAGGGAUUGCAAGCAUUGUCAAGAUAUGAGGUAGAGCGGCGGAAGUCAUCAACUCGUGGAAUACAUCUCUACAAGGCAGCCGGUCGGGCCAUUUCCGAGGAAGAACGAAAAGAGAGGGACAAAAAGUUCGACGAAAAACUCGAGCGGCAAGCGGCCAGACAAGCUCAAAGUCCGCAGCGACUACAAAGCUUGCCCACAACACCAUGGCAGUCUGCUUCUCCAAUCACCUUUCUCCCCACGCCUCCACUCAUUGCGGGUAAGAAGCGGCGUCGGGAGGACUUUGGUCUCGGAGAUUCCGAUGUCAGCCAGUCAGAGUCUGCAGCAAAGCGAGGUCGCCAUAGUUAUUCACCACUUGACCCACGUUCGGAGGGACAUUUUCCUGCAUGUUUAACGGCGGCCGACCCAGUUCAACAAGCACCAAAUGCCUACGAUGCUUCGAGUAUCAUCAGCACAAGCAAUUCGGAUCACGUGCAAUCAGAAUCAAACGCAAGUGGACUGGGAUUGAUGUUCGGAGGACGAGAUCCGGGUAGUUCGCACACUUUUGUUCCAAGUCAGAACACUGGUGUGCCUGAAAUCCCUCCACAACAACCGGAGGCAACGAAUAGUAGAGGAAUUGCUUCCACCAACGAUUUUCAAGUUGACAACACUCAAGUCGAUUACCGCUUUGUCGGUCCCCAGAAUCCUCUCGAGCAGCUGAGAAUCCAAGCGGCGCUCUUCUAUCCGCGUGCGCACUACUAUGCUCUGAUAGGAGAACACCCGAUGCAUACCUCAGAAGGUACCUACGCCGAUCAGUACCUUCGAAUUUCUUCGCUUCUUGCGCAAAACUGGAUAAUAGAGGGCGGUCUUCCGCCGCUUGCUGACAUUGGUCCAUGGUACGGCUCUUUCAACAUGGUCCCUACUCCAAUUCUGCCAAAUGAAGUGCUGUGGAUCAUAUUGCACCCUGACCCUAAGGCUUCGCCCGGCCCCGAAGCGUCGGCUACCGAUCAUCAUGCCCAACUGUCUUCCGCAAAUGUUGGUACUGAGAGUAUUCCCACAGCUCCGAAUUCCAUUAGCGGGCCAGAGCACGAUGGAGAGCCCAAUGAUUGGAGUGAUGACUUGUUUGGGGAAUACCUUGAGGAUUCUCAAUACGCUGAUGGGGACGAGGAGUAG